AUGAAGUACUCCGUUCUCGCCGGCCUGUCCCUUGUGGGCUCGGCCAUGGCCACUAUCCCCUCCAUUGAGAUCAAGGGCAAGAAGUUCUUCUACUCCAACAACGGUACCGAAUUCUUCAUCCGUGGUGUCGCCUACCAGGCCGACUACUCCAGCCCGACCAGCGGUUCCAGCUCCUCCAGCACCAACUAUGUCGAUCCUCUGGCCGACGUCGAGAGCUGCAAGCGUGAUAUCCCCUACCUGACCCAGCUCCGUACCAACGUUGUCCGGACUUACGCCGUCAGCCCUAACGCCUCCCACGACGAGUGCAUGAACGCCCUCGCCGAUGCCGGCAUCUAUGUCAUCUCGGAUCUAUCCGCCCCCUCCCAGUCCAUCCAGUCCGACGACCCGACCUGGGAUUCCGACCUGUUCACCCGCUAUUCUCAGGUCAUCGAUGCCUUUGCCAAGUACCCCAAUGUCAUCGGUUUCUUCGCCGGUAACGAGGUCGCCAACAAGGUCAACAACACCGGCUCCAUGGCCUACGUCAAGGCCGCCGUCCGUGACAUGAAGACCUACAUCAAGCAGAAGAACUACCGUAGCUCCCUGGCCAUUGGUUACGCUACCGAUGACGAUGCUACCGUCCGUGAGCAGGUCUCCAACUACCUGGUUUGCGACACCGCCGCCGACUCCAUUGACUUCUUCGGUUACAACAUCUACGAGUGGUGUGGUGAGUCUAGCUUCUCCACCUCUGGCUACGAGGACCGCACCAAGGAGUUCGCCGACUACCCCGUUCCUGCCUUCUUCUCCGAGUACGGCUGCAAUCAGCCCCGUCCCCGUCCCUUCGGUGACGUCCCCGUACUGUUCGGCCCCAAGAUGAACGAUGUCUGGAGCGGUGGUAUCGUCUACAUGUACUUUGAGACCUCCAACGAGUUCGGUCUGGUUUCCACCGACGGCAACAACGUCAAGACUCUGUCGGACUUUGUGAACCUGUCUUCCCAGAUGCAAAAGGCCACCCCUACCGGUGUCAACAGCGCCAGCUACUCCGUCAGCACCACUGUUGGCCGCAGCUGCCCUACCAUCGAUGCUUCCAACUGGCUGGCCGCUAGCGUCCUACCCCCCUCGCCCAACGCCGAUCUGUGCGAGUGCAUGUACAACCAGCUGGAGUGUGUCCCUGUUGACGACAUCUCCGUCAAGAAGAUGACCGACACCUUCAACUACCUGGGUGGUGAAAAGGGCGCCAUGGACGGUGUUUCCCACAACGCCACCACCGGCAAGUAUGGCGCUUACUCCAUGUGCAACCCCAAGCAGCGCCUGGGUUGGGCCAUGAACCGAUACUACCAGCUGAACGACAAGAGCAGCAGUGCCUGUGGCUUCUCCGGUGCUGCCACCACCAAGAAGGCCACCAACCCCUCCUCUUGCUCUGCUCAGUCUUCUGCUAUGAGCGCUAUUGGCUCUGCUGGCACCAACAACGUCAACGGUGGUCUGGCUGCCUCUGGUAGCGCUACUGGCGGCUCUACUUCUACUUCCAAGGGCGCUGGCGCCGCUACCUUUGGCCCCCAGGCCGUUCACGUCGGCUCCUGGCAGACUGGUGCUUACGCGGUUGCCGCGAUCGCCUCUGGCCUGUUCAUGAUCAUGCUGUAA